UUUAUUCUGAAAUGUUACCGGAAGUCCCGUCAUAGUCCACCGUGUGCUACUUGCUAACGGCAGGCUCGCACCCCUCCCGUCUCCCGGUCGACAGCAGAUCCUCCUCCAGCCUCUUUAAACUGCUUUCACCGCCACACCAACGACAUUUUGGGGGUUCGGUCCGUACCCUUCCGUCCUUGCAGCCCUCACGUCCCCUCUGCGUGUUUCGGAGGAUAUUUCUUCUCUGUCGGGAGCGUUUGGAAACGAAACCGAACACAAACGGAGGCUUGUGUUUUAGGCGACUUCAGUGGGCGGAUAAAGCGGAGGAGGGCAUCCGGGCCUGGCUGCUCCGGAGAGUCGGCUUGAAACGACGGAAUUCACCAUUUUUCAGGCCGUGCACCGCCCUGCUAUGGAGAAGAUGAAGAGGAUUAAGAAGCGUCUGUCAUUAACACUCCGCUCCAGUCAGACCAUCGACGAGUCUCUGUCUGAACUGGCCGAACAGAUGACCAUUGAGGACGGCGGCACCAAGGACAACGAACCCUUCAUGAGGAAUGGCCGCCCUCCCACCUCCCAUAGCAUGCACUCCUUCCUGCACCAGUACACUGGCUCCUUCAAGAAGCCCCCACUCCGCCGGCCACACAGUGUCAUUGGUGGCACCCUGGGGUCCUUCAUGGCAAUGCCACGUAAUGGCAGUCGCCUUGAUAUCGUGCAUGAGAACCUGAAGAUGGGCUCAGAUGGGGAGAGCGACCAGGCAUCGGGAACGUCAUCAGACGAGGUGCAGUCUCCAACCGGCGUCUGUCUGAGGAACCGCAUCCACCGGAGGAUCUCCAUGGAGGACCUCAACAAGCGCCUGUCUCUGCCUGCUGACAUCCGAAUUCCCGACGGUUACCUGGAGAAGCUGCAGCUCAGCAGCCCGCCCUUCGACCAGCCGCUCAGCCGACGCUCCCGCCGAGCCUCGCUGUCGGAGAUUGGUUUUGGCAAGUUGGAGACGUACAUUAAGCUGGACAAACUGGGAGAGGGAACCUAUGCCACAGUAUUUAAAGGACGCAGUAAGCUUACGGACAACCUGGUGGCACUGAAGGAGAUCCGUCUGGAGCACGAGGAGGGAGCGCCGUGCACCGCCAUCAGAGAAGUGUCGUUACUGAAGGACCUCAAACACGCCAACAUCGUGACGCUACACGACAUCGUCCACACUGACAAGAGCCUCACGCUCGUCUUCGAGUAUCUGGAUAAGGACCUGAAGCAGUACAUGGAUGACUGUGGGAACAUAAUGAGCAUGCACAAUGUGAAGAUCUUCCUGUUCCAGAUUUUGCGAGGGCUGUCGUAUUGUCAUAAGAGGAAGGUUCUCCACAGGGACCUGAAGCCCCAGAACCUCCUCAUCAACGAGAGAGGAGAACUCAAACUGGCUGAUUUUGGCCUAGCGAGGGCCAAAUCCGUCCCGACUAAAACCUACUCCAACGAGGUGGUGACUCUCUGGUACCGGCCUCCCGAUGUGCUACUGGGAUCCUCUGAGUAUUCAACACAGAUCGACAUGUGGGGUGUUGGUUGUAUAUUCUAUGAGAUGGCUGCAGGUCGGCCACUGUUCCCCGGCUCCACCGUGGAGGACGAGCUCCACCUCAUCUUCAGGUUACUGGGCACACCCACAGAGGAGAACUGGCCGGGAAUCUCCUCCAUCGAAGAAUUUAAAUCCUACAACUUCCCCAAAUACAAAUCACAGCCGCUAAUCAACCACGCUCCCAGGCUGGACGGUGAAGGCAUCGAGCUGUUGCUGUCUUUCCUCAAAUACGAAUCCAAGAAGAGGAUUUCAGCUGAAGAGGCCAUGAAACAUUCCUACUUCAGGCAGCUCGGGAUGAGAGUUCACACACUGCCAGAGAGUAUAUCGAUAUUCACAUUAAAAGAAUUGCAGCUUCAGAGAGACCCGGGCUACAGGAGCUCCUCGUACCCAGAGUCAGGUAACGGCAAGAUCAACAGGAGGCAGAGCAUGCUCUUCUAGUGUCUGAAGAGGACGGUGGACUGCCCAACUUGUUCAUUAUUUCCCACCAACCCUCUCGCAUGAGCCCACCUCCCCUCGGAGUGACCCCCUUCCCACCCCCCGUUACCUGCACACACACACACACACACACACACACAAACAAGCACACACACCCCUCUGGGUUGAAUCUGUUUGGAGACUGUGUUUAUUUAUUGGGGGGGGGCGGGGUGAGGUUGAAAUUUUUGCUGCUAAACUACUACUGUCUGUAUUUAACACACCGUGUGUGUGCGUGUGCAUGUGUGUGUGUGUACAUGAUGUGAACUCGAGACGCCAUGCACAGUUGAGCAGUCAGUAAGGUUACUGUUGUUUUUCCUCUGACUACAAUUCUCCGGCUUCAUUUGAGUUAGAAUUCCACUGAUGUUGAUGUCGACGCUGUGAUCCAAGUUGUUGUUCUUGUUGUCGUGCUUGGAGACCGAACGCUUCAGUUUCUUCAGAUUUUUUUUAUAAAUAUGUAUAUCUAUAUAUAUUUGGAGUUUAUGUUUUGUUUUUCUUCAAGCUUCCGUGACUGAAGUCUACAAAUUUCCAGGUUUAGAAAGACUGGGACGGCUAGAGGGUCCUGGUUGGGGAAAAUCGGUUCCUCUGGAUUCCUUGUCGUAAUUUUUCCGAAACAUUUCAGUUGGACUCUGCUUCUAGAGGCCCUGCUGCCCUCUGGGGGGUUACACCGAGGGUCAGAAACCAGUACUGGAAGGGGACUGUGGUAAUAAUUUUGGUCUGUGGGUUAAAGAAGCACACACACAGAGUCCAGACGAACUGGGAGAACAUGAAAACAACUUUCGGUUCUUUUGUUCUUUUGGACAUUCUGGCUCAGCAACGGGACCAAAACUGAGGAGGAGGGGUGGGGGCAAACAGUUCAGAAGACGAGCAAAAAUCAUGGAUGAGAGAGGAGGAAUACUGAAGCUGAACAGGAAGUCAUGUGACGUCCCACAGGAAACCAGCAAGCCUUUCCUAAAACCCCUCACAAAACUGCCAGGACUUCAGUGCUUUUAAAAAAAAAAUUGCAAGCUACACUUUCUCGCUCUGUGUGCAUUCGGAGAAAUCACUGCAGUAACUCGUUGUUUUUAACUUGCACUUCAGUGUGUCUUUUUUUUUUUUUUUCUCGAAUCAGGGACACGGGCCUUGACACGGCCAAGUUUACCCAAUAGUAUUAAGAUGUGUUCUCUGUGUCUGUGACCUUUGACCUCUCCUUGUGAAACAACAGCGUCAUUGUGGCAUGUUUUUCGAAGGGGAGGGGUUGGCGGGGCGGGAUAGCGUGGGGUUGGGGUGGGAUGUUCAAAAGCAAAAUGGUUGUUUUCCACUUGGCAUCGGACCACUGCUCUCUCCAGCAUUUGUACACAAGAAAAGAGAAAAAAAAAGAUUUCAAAUUGAAAUUUUAGAUUUAACUGCCCGCUGUGUUGUUUGCAACUGACAGUGAUGCUACAGAUGAAGCCAUUUGAGAAAUCUCACUUUUGACUGCAUGUUUACUGAAGCACAUGAAGUCCUCCUGAAAAUCACUUCAGCACUCACACUAAAAUGUCUUCUGCUGUGAUUUGUGAUCCUGGCUGACUUUAGUUGCAGUGAGUAUUCCUCUUAUUCCCGUGGACCAGCGAUGGUGUAGAUAUUUCCAGCAGCUGUGUGAUAGCAAAACGUGUUUCAUGGCUUUAUAGGAGUAUUUUGACAUUUUGGAAUAUUUACUUCUUUGCUUUCUUACCAGAGUUAGAUUUAUGCCAUGCUUGUAUCGUUAAUGAAGCUAGCACCAGGAAAAUGUUAGCUUCAUAGCUAACAAAUCUGCCUACUCCCUCUCUAACGUCACAAAUUAACAAGUUUUAUCUGGUAUGUUCAGUGUGUACUAAAACCAAAGUGUAAAAAUGACAAGUUGGUGAUGCGCUGAACUAUGUCUUGGCCAGGCCACGGUAGCUUCUAGGUGUCUUCUUGGAGUGGACAUUGUGAGGUUGCUAAGCAGGCCAAGAAAUCUUGAACUUGACCACAUGCAAAACCUUAAUUCUGCACUCUUUUAAAAUAUAAAUCAAACAAACAAGGCGUGUUGAUUAGUGAGCUUCAGAGGUGCUGGUAGAAAGAUUCCCUCUGAUUGAAGUUUUUAUGCUAAGCUAAGCAAAGCUAAUGCGAAAAGGCACAGAGAACAAUUUCCUCACUCGCCAUAGCAAAAAUAAGUGCAGUGCAUAAGUUUCUGUACUAAAAAACACCAGGAAUGCAUUGAACAUAACAGCACAUGUAAGUGUGAGAAGAUCUGAGGGAGGUUUUCCUGUUACUGCCGCUCUUUUGCUCAACAUCUACAUGAAAAUUUCACAUUUAUCGUCUGUCGAGAUUUAAAGGAUUUGAGCAACACGAGAGUUCUGUCUCAACAUACUGACUAAGUCAUUAACGGCCGAGAGAAUACAUGCAGUAAACAUGGACUGAAACACACUUUGCAUCUUCUAGUUUAACAAUCCUGUAGACAUACUGUAUGUCUCAUCAUUUAACGGUUUACACUUCAAAUAAUGUUACAAUUAUUGUGUUCACAGGAAAAAAGUCAUUAUAUUAAUGGUAGACAUCCUGUAUUACAUCGACCCAUUGCCCCAUAAGUUUUCCCUAGGUAGCUUUAAAAUGAGGAAACUUUUUCUUCCCUUCAUUGAAUUUCAUAAAAACUGUAUAUUUGUGUUUGGAUGCUUCACUGAAACUUUAUUACACUUUAAAGAAUAGCUGUUUUCAUUUCAUACACAUUUCAAACAUGAGGAUGCAGGAUUGUUCCACUGUUAGCUGCAAACGGUGUUUCUGCUAAUAGCAGUUUUUGACAUAAACAGCAGUGACAUGCAUGAAAGGAGAUUUCUACAAUGGCUAAAUAUUUAUCAUUGUAAAACUGUAAAACUUUUUCAAAUGUAUGAAUGACCUGAAUUUAUGUGAACAUGUCUGAACACGUGUGUGCGUGCGUGCCUGAUGCAUGGAAGGCCUGCUGUGUUGUGAAUUCGACCUCUCUGAAACACUGAGCUGCCGGUCAACAGUUGGUGUGUGACUCUUUUUACUGGAAUUAUUUAUUUCUCAUAACCAUCAAAAGUAAAUUUAAUCUGUUUCAUAAA